AUGGAGAAGCACCGCACCAGCCUCAUUUACUCAUGUUGUCAGGCACUGCGGCUCGACAGAGCUCCUGUGAUCAAGCCUACUGUGGUGGCAGAUGCGUUCAUGCAGCCACCGACAUUCGAUUGCGUUGUCGAUCAUGAGUACCAUAUGCGCAUUGCGUUUGACAUGUACCUCCAAAGUAACAAUGUUCCAUUGCUGUCAGUGGACGAUUUCUGCUUCAAAAGUUACCUUCGACUCGGUGACUACUACGAGUGCAAUCGGACGGGACAGUCCCCACAACAAGCUUACGUAAAAAUGUCCGAAGCAGCUCUGAAUUCCCUAACGUCCGCUGGGUUGAGAGAGUCGGACGAUGCCAAUGCUGGCCCCGGUAGCACAACUUGGUUUCCGGGACAAUCCUUCGACUCCAUCAACGGUAAGUACACGUUUUCCCGGUUUAUAUUGUGCAUUCCUAAUGAAUGUGAAUUCCAAGCCUUUGGUAGAGGUCGGCAAAGUCGCGUGCGGAUAUAA